AUGUCGACCACCCUCUCCACCGUGCCCACGCCGUCGGCGGCCACUUGCAACAAUGUCUACGUGAUCCCCAUUCAGGACAGCGCGUGCGCCAUGCCCUACUCGGACGACGCCGUCGACUACUUCGAGUCCUGUUGCAAGGGCGCCAACGUCUAUUCGUACGGCGACGACUGCGGCCUCUACUGCGUGGCCAGCGGCCAGACGGUCGAGGACCUAACGGCCUGCCUGAUCGACGAGGGCGCCCAGCACGGCCAGGUCUUUUGCUCCGGCAACACUACGGCCACGGCCACCGGCGACGGCGAGCCUCCUGCCAGCGCCACCGCGACUGUCAUCAGCGACGGCGGUGACAACGAUGAUGACAACGAGGAUGGCAACGAUGAUGACAAUGAUGACAGCAAUGACGACAACAACGAUGAUGGCAACGAUAGCAACAACAACGACGGCGACAACGACAACGCUGCUGUCAAGUCCAGCGUCAGCGUGUUUGGUGUUGUCGUGGGUGCCAUGCUCUUCUCUGGCAUGACCCUCGCCGCGUGGUAA